CUCGGAUUCCGACGUAUUCCCCCUGUGACUCGAUUUUCGCUGGCAACACAAUACUUCAAAGACGAGAGAUUGUAACAGGGACAUAUUAUCUCUAUCUUUCCGUGGACCGUAUCCAGAUGACAUGGAAUACAUCGGCCGACAAGGACGUCGUUCGAUGCGGCAAACAAGUGUACAAUCACUUGGGGCUUUACGAUCGCAUUGCUCAGCUGUCGCGUAGUGUCGCAUCACUGCCUGCGGAAAUUCAGAAGAUGCAGACAUUAUGCAUGACCGAUAAAAAGGAGCUCAACGGCGUAGUAAGAAGGUUUCUGCAAUGGAAUCCUGGCAAUGGCAGGAAGAAAUGUCUCGAUGACUUGAUCCAACGAAUUGACGAAGCGAUAAUAGGCUUCUGCAGUUUAGACGAUGAAGACAUGGAUGACAUCGGAGACAUGGAAGUAGCCGGCCCUAUCCCUCAGUCCUCCACGAUGCACAAGCGUCCAGCCAAUACAACCAGUGACGAAUUGGCUCUGAAACGUAUGAAAACCAAUCUUGACAGUAGUUCUCGCAUCAAUCACGUAUCAUCCUCCCGUUCGACACCUUCUACACCAUCGACGCUAUCCGUCGCUUCCUUCCUAAUUGCUUACGACGAGCGUGAUUAUGCGGCCUACAAUGUACUGUGUCAGCCAGUCAAGAAGACCGAGUGUUUCAAAGACUUGGCAUGGGUGCUUCAGUAUGAAAUCGCGCGAUUCUUGCACACAUACAGUAUCCGAUGGAGUCAGCUGCCUUUUGAAAUGCUGAAAAAAUUUAUGCAUGUUGGACAAACCAAUCCGCGUGACCUGUAUAAUAUGAUGGUACAGUGGUAUGCGCGUUAUCGGCAAUCCAACAACCAAAUGGACGAAAUCAGUGCUGUCUAUGGACACAUGGAACGAUGCUCAGAUCAUGUAUGGACGCACCUGGAAACCCCAGCAAGAAAUAAGCACCGCAUGAUUCACUACAAUGGAGUUGUCACAUUGGCGACAGGGAAAAGCCCAGUCGUUCAACUACGUGCACCAAAAGUCGGCGCUUCCAAUCGUUUUUUCCGAAAAUAUGGUGACACUCGCUUCUUGGAACUAAAACUUGCUCGUCGAUCGCAUCCUUCCUUGGUUCGAAAACAUAUGGAAUAUUUUUUGAAACCGUUCUUGUUGAUGGAGCGUACCUACCAGUUUUUAUUCGUCAAGGAUGACUCGAUCAUCUUGUUCGCAACGCAAGCUCGCGGCCUACCGACUAUCAGUAUCCGCGACGUGAUCAAUUGGCAUAUCCCAAUCCUGGAUAACUGGAACAUGAGCAUGAGCAAAUUUGCCAGUCGUAUCGGUCUCGGUUACAGCAACAGUAUACCUACGCUGACAUUUGAACCCGAUCAAAUCCGAUAUGUGGACGAUAUUUACUCUGAAAAUCGAGGUACAGUGGAAGCGUGCAUGACAGACGGAUGCGGGAUCAUCUCUUGUGCUGCCAUGAAAAAGAUUAUGGGUGCGCAACAUCAGGACGAACUACCGUGUGCCAUUCAGGGCCGUAUCGGAGGAGCCAAAGGGGUGUGGAUCAUCUCUCCUGAUUUGGAUUUUAGUUCGGGGGUAUGGAUAGAGAUCCGGUCGUCCCAGCGCAAGUUCAAAACGGGGACUCCGCAGUUCGAUCUCAGUAUUGAUCCAUUGCACUAUACGUUUGACCUUGUGAACAAUUCCGUGUGUAUUCAUCCGUCCAACUUGAACACGCAGCUGAUCCAAUGCUUAACAGCUGGAGGCGUAACUAGCUCGAUUUUCGUUGACUUGCUGAAAGACUAUUUGCGGCAGCUCGUUAGCGUCGUUACUGAGGAUCACAGCAUCAAGUUAUUACGAGAUUGGGUGGCCAAAGCCGGAGGCAUUAUGCGAUCGCGAUGGGAAAUGGAAGAUACGGAAAAAUCCGUGUGGCGAGAACAGCUCAUCGAUAGCGAUUUCUUGGGACGCUUUUUGGACGAAGAAGAGGGUGAUAACGCGGAGAUGAAGCCCGCUUCCAUGAAAACGAACGAUUACUGGAAAGUGAACGCGUACUCGGGAAACCCUUGCGGGUUGCACGAGUCUUUGAUACGCUUACUCGAUGCUGGUUUCACGCUCACCAAUACCCACGUGGCUCACAAAGUUACCCAAGUGUUCCGCGAUAUUAUGCAUUCUGUCACCACCAAGUACAAGAUCGAAAUCCAACAAUCGUGCACAGUCACCUGUAUACCGGACCCAUUAGGCGUGCUGAACGAAGAUGAAGUCUAUCUGCACCUUUCUACCCGCACCAUUCAGGACAAAGCCAACGUCUGUGCAGGCCUUGUAUUGGGCAAUGUGAUCGUGACUCGCAAUCCGUGCGGUCUGAAAAGCGAUGUCCAAAAAGUGAGAGCCGUGGACUGUCCGAGCUUGCGCAUGUAUACCGAUGUCAUUGUAUUUCCUACAAAAGGCGAAAGGUCCCUAGCAAGUAAAUUGGGCGGAGGUGAUUAUGAUGGUGACCUUAUAUUCUGUUGCUGGGAUGAGCGUAUUGUAACACCGUUUCAGUCUUCUCCUAUAGCCGAGACAUCUCCAAAAAUUCGAGAAGCGUUCGAUGUGCACACAGCCCGAGUGAAGCAAGAACUUGCGCGAUGCCGGGAUGAACCAAGUCAAGAACUAGCUUUGCAGCGACGGUUUAUUUCUGUCGCUAUUCCUGACGGUACUCUAGGCAUUUAUGAAAACUGGCGUACCAUUUUGACAGAAGCGUACUCGUUUGACCAUGAAGACGUGAUCUACUUGGCGCAUAUGUGUGCCAAAUUGGUGGAUGCUCCAAAGCAAGGGUUGGCUUUGAAAAUGACUACGUUGAACAACGAUCGUGCUCGUUUCUCUGGCGUCACUCAGCCGGCCUGGUUUGUCGAUAAGCGUCAUAAGCAGCUGGGAUACGAGCAGCCAACUUUCGAUGAUAACCCCACCGAUAUCGAGUCGCUACGGAAAACUGCGGUUACGACAAUGGAUCAACUGUAUGUCGCUUUGCUGGAAGAAACGGACUCAUUUACGCAAUACGCGAAAAGCAUGCUUAUUGAAGGCGACGUACCACUACUGGAUGCUGAUUUGACGAAUCCAUGGGUCAACGCUCUCAACGCAGCCAUCGAACUCAAAGAUGCACAGAUGGAAGCCGAUCUUCGACUUAUACAACGUGAAAUCAACCGACAUUUCGAUGAUUAUAUCCGCGAAAACCAACGAUUACAUCAAUUGCACGAAGCCAAUAACCAUGGUGAUGGAAUUGUGGACAACAUGGAUGAUGAUAAACAGUAUAAUACCCUAUUUCAACUGGAAGAAUUCUUCGCGCUAUCCUUUCAGCAGAUUCCAUCCAGCCUGUCAUCGUCCAUUCUUCAGUUCGAUCGCCAAGUCAACAAGAGCAGGAUGAUUCAAUUCAUCAAAGCCAGUUACGCUUACAUGCGAACCGUGGAGCACGAAAAGUACUCUAGGUACUGCUAUAUCGUAGCAUUUGAUACUUUACGACGCAUCAAAGCGGACGCACGGGCAUCUGUAAGAAAAAAAAAUGGGUUCUGUGAAACAGUCGUCUCGCCCAUCUACGCUGCCAUGAAUAUGAACCGUGCAUGGAUUCGAAGAAUGAAAACCCUCAAAGCAAGCGCGAAAGCCACAUCAAGUACCGAAGAAUCUCCCUGUUUAGGCUCCAAUCACAUUUAAAAAGAGACACCUUACGUUGAACAUAACACACUGUAAAAUAUAUGUAUCUAUGUAUUAUAUCAUAAAAAUCCGCCUUCAUUUCUCCUAAC